GCUGAGAAAGCUAUAUACGCACCAUCUGUUGCUCUAGCAGCCGACAAGAUAUCCGAGCGAGCGGUAAUACGGGUAGAAGAUGCCUUGCAUGCACCACUGAAGCCCGAACUGCACGACGAAACGAGUCGUGUCACACCUCCGCUUCGACAAGCGCCGCAUAUGGAUCGCGCUGCGGCAAGCCUGGCUUGAAGUUCAUCCACUGCAUUGGUGUGCGCCCGCGCCGUCGUAGCGACGCAGUCCACUAGUAAUGGCAAGCACGGAGAGCACCUACAUCCUCGACAGGCGAGAAUCAGUCAAGGGGAAGUACACAGUGCGCGAGGCUGCGCUCCCUGACGAAGUCGCCGGUGUGGAUGGCAAGGAGAAACAAGGGAAGGGCGAAUCAGCAAAGAGUGAUGACAGUACUGACACAAAGCAACUCGUGCUGGAGGACAAUUCUGCUUCUCAGGAAACGAGCAGUUUAUUACAAACCAGCUUCAACUAUAUCAACAGCAUCAUUGGAUCAGGAGUUGUGGGAAUCGCAUAUGCAUUACAGCAAGCUGGCUUUGGAAUGGGGAUCAUUCUGCUGAUAAUGUUUGCGGCCAUCACGGACUACUCCCUGUGCAUUUUAAUCAAAGCUGGCAUCAGUACAGGCACCUCAACAUAUCAGGACCUUGUCCAAGCUGCCUUUGGCUUGCCAGGAUUCUAUGUCCUGACCUUCAUGCAGUUUAUUUAUCCUUUCAUUGCCAUGAUCAGCUACAAUGUCAUCAUUGGUGACACGGUCACAAAGGUGUUCUUGAGAGUUUUCAGAGUGGCACCUGACAGCAUUCUUGGCAACCGCCACUUCGUUGUUAUCAUGGCCUCAUUAUUUGUCACACUGCCUCUUUCCCUGCACAGAAACAUAUCGAAGCUCAACAAGGUGUCACUGACAUCACUUCUAAUUAUUCUUGUUAUCCUGGCUUUCGUGAUUGUGCGGAUAGGAAACUUCGUAGAUGUCGUGCCCACUUCUCCCCAUUCUUACGCGUUUGCUGACAGAGGCAUCACAAAGGCCAUUGGUGUCAUUGCAUUCGCCUACAUGUGCCACCACAACUCGUUCCUGCUGUUUGCUGCCCUGAAAGACCCGACCCAGCGGCGAUGGAACAAGGUGACCCACAUCAGCUUGGCCCUCUCCUGCUUCAUCAUCGUGCUCUUCGGCAUUGGCGGUUAUGUCUCCUUCCAUGUUUACAGCCAGGGCGACCUGUUCGAAAACUAUUGCAAAGACGACGACCUUGCGAAUGUGGCUAGGCUGCUCUUCACACUCACUAUAAUGCUGACAUACCCGAUCGAGUGUUUUGUCACGCGGGAGGUUCUAGACAACGCAUUCUUUGUGACUAGGUUUCCAUCAAACUUGGUGCGGCACAUCAUCAUGACAUUGUUCAUCGUACUGACCACUUUUGCAUUUUCAACGCUGACUGACUGCCUUGGAAUCGUCCUCGAACUCAAUGGCGUUGUGGCCGCCAUACCACUGGCUUACAUCCUGCCAGCAGCCACAUACCUCAAGCUGGAAAAUGGACCUCUGCUCUCUUGGGCCAAGUUUCCGGCACUCAUGCUGGCAGUCUGUGGGGCAGCAGUCGCAAUCUGCGGCACCGUGGUGGCCAUCAUCGACAUCAACGCCGGCAUCAGUUGCAGCCACGGAGCUGACAUGCAUUACUGCGUUGUGCCACCAGCAAACAUCACGAUCUAGAAUGCAGCAGGAGCGCACCCCGUUCUUGUGCUCCGGCGCUGUACUCGAACGAGCGAUCGAGCGAUUGGUCUCUCCUGGCGCAAGACGUGCAUACACUUGACGAAUUGACUGAAAAAAGAGAGUGAAAGAGCAAAAGGUGGAGAGAAUUACAAAGGUUAAGCUUUGACUAUGCGGGGGCCGUAAUCUGCAUUGAUCACUUUUGUGCCCCCAUUAGCUCAACCAGCAACGCUACGAAGGAAAGUUGCGACAGGGAACACUUCCCGUCAGCAUUUAUUUUCAUGCAACGUGUUUGUUAGGUGUACUGACAGUAUGGGCAGCGGGAAUUUUGCGAGGUCAAUGAAUGCCUGUUGCGAUCACAUCAAAUCAUUUUUAUUUUUUCCAAGAUACACAUGUUGCGCCAUCUCUCAUAUACACACAAGCAGUUGAUUGAGAGUACAUCUUCAGAGUUGCACAACCUUCUGGAUAGAGUUUGGCAAACUUUGCAUCGUGCCAACAGUCUGUGGUGAUUGCAUCCAUGGCAGCCCCACAACUAGAAUGUUCGCGUCAUUGUGAUCUUCUGUGCAAUCACCCGUUUGAAUAAGCGCAAAGUAGCUGCAACUCAUACGGACAAAAAGCCAGCAGAGCCAACUUGGGGCAAACGGCACACUUGCAAAGACAGAUGACAACGCCCGCUGGUGUUAAAACCACUGAGCCUGUGGGCCAUGUAACUGCCAAACUUUUUCCAGAAGGUUGGUAACGUAGCUCUGUGGAUAUCAAAGCCAGAGUUUCCAUAUUGCUCUUAAACAUGCUGGAGAGAUGCUUGAGACAGGUGACGGGAAACACUGUCACGAAAAAAAAUUUCACCCUCAUGCGCAGGACAUUUUUUUUUUCUCUCAGUGCAUCCUUCAGUAACGUCUGUACUUCCAUCACAGGGCUUUUUCUUUCUGGUGCACAAAAUAUGACGAAGGGAUAGUGUGAUAAAGAUGAAGCUUCUCCUUGCAUGAGAAAGAAGGAGAGUUACCCUUGAAGUUUAUAUGGGGGAUGCAAAUGAUGUGCAAUUACAGCCCAUUUUGUUUUUUUUAAAUCACGCUUUGCAAUAUAGCUUACUUAAGAGCAAAUAUGCAUGGUGGUCUUAAGUUGUGCAUAAGAGACUGUCCACACAUAACACCACUGAGCCCAAUUUUAUUUAUGUUGACAAUUCCAAGGUGCGAGCUGCACAGUGCAAAAAAAAAACUUUUUCUUUUUUUAAAUCUGCACUUAAAAUGCCAUGCAGGGACAAUAUAUAUAACCAAAUUUUAUUAUUUUGACGAGUAUAAUGUGGAAGUCACACAUCAUAAGAACUGACAAUUUUGUCACAAGCUGUUUUUGUUUUCUUAAGGGAAGGCAAAUUAAGGAGUAUGGCUGGUGUAACUUCCAGCAGAUGCACUUCAACUGCCACCGCGAGUCAGGGUGGGGAACACUUCCGUCUUUCACGCUACACCAAUCACGUCGGAAAAAAGUGGCGACAGCAGCUAUAGCACCUGCAUAUAACUUUAUCUCAGCAACUUGUCAGGACAUGAUGUUCAAGAACAGCGCGCAAAGGUAAUUGCCAAAGAGUUGAAUAUGGUUGUGCAGUAAGCUAAGACCUUAUUUGCGCUUUGUUAUGGUUAUCGUUCUUCUGCUCACCGUAUGAGGAGGUGGGGGCAUAGUUCUGUUUAAGAUGCCUCCCUCGUGAACCUCUCUGCCUUCCAGGCACUCUGUACAUAAUGUAUAAUGUCUAUUGCAAAUAUACCCUUUGUCCUUCUAUCACUGACAGCUGUUUCCUAAGCAUUUUCAAGCCAAAGAAAAUGUCAUUAAACUGUGUGAGCCGGCAAAAAAAGAAAAAGUAAAGAGUGUUGUCUGUUGCUGUUCAUAUUUGCUCCCCGACUCGGCCUCAAGUACCCAAAUAGGUCAAUUUGUAAAUGUACCAGGAAGGGGAGGAGAGCAUAUGAAGGGACCACCUGAUUGAUUUGUGCUCAGGAUUGUAAAGUCACCCUUAAUUUAGCACUGAAAUCGAGAAAUGCUCAGCAAGUGUAACGUGUGCGAGGUCACAUUAUUUCGGAUAUAAUCACAGCUUGAGUACUGACUAUGUGGUCCCUUUCACAUUGGUACGCCCUGUAUGUGUGUGUGUGUGUAUACAUAUAUAUACAUGCACCUAUAUAUAAAUAUACACACACACAUUUACGGUAUAUUGGCACAUUUAAAAGCCACGGCAGGGCACAAGCUACUAUUUAUACCUGCCUGUACUUCGCUGCAACUUCUGCAAAUAAAAGAACAUCUCGGCAGUAGUGAUUCUCUUGGCUGUGAUUAAACUUCUCAGAGAUAUAAUUACUUCUUCUUUCGGUACAGGUUCGAAAGGGAUCUUUGGGUCGCUUUUUUUUU